AUGGAUUACCCCGAGCCCGGCUCGCCGCAGGGCGCUCGGCACCUGCCCGGCCAAGCCGGCGGCUUCGGCAGCGGCGGCUACGAGCGGCCGAGCCGCGGCGAGGAGGAGGAAGCGGCGGAGGAGGAGGAGGAGGAGGAGGCGGCUGCCCGCGCCCGCCCGCCCCGCCGCCCGCAGCCGCCGCUCCACGCCGCGCUCUCCACCUCCUCCUCCGAGGGCGACCCCGAGCCGGCGGCGCCGCCGCGGGAGCGCAGCCUCAGCGACGAGGCCGCCGCCGGAGACUUCGACUCGGCCGAGUCCGGCGCGUCGCUGCGGUACUCGACGGGCACGGGCGGCGAGGGCAGCGAGGGCGAGGGCGCGGGGCUGGGCAGCAGCGACAGCGGCGGCAGCGGCUUCUCGCUGGCGGCCAGCGCGCUGCCCGAGAGGCGGCGGCCGGGCGGCGGCCGGCCCCGCUAUGAGGUGGUGCGGGAGCUGGGCGCCGAGGAGGUGCGCUGGUUCUACCGCGAGGACCGCAAGACCUGGAAGCCCUUCAUCGGCUACGACUCGCUGCGCAUCGAGCUGGCCUUCCGCGCCCUGGGCGGCAGCGGCGGCGGCGGGGAGCCGGCAGCCGUGGAGCCGGUGUGCGUGAGAAGCGGGCUCUACGAGGUGGACGUGGCCAGCGCCGAGAGCUACCCCGUCUAUUGGAACCAGUCUGAAAAGAUCCCUGUCAUGCGUGGCCAGUGGUUUAUUGAUGGGACUUGGCAACCCCUGGAAGAGGAGGAAAGUAAUUUAAUAGAGCAGGAGCACCUCAACCGCUUCAAAGGCCAGCAGCUGCAGGAGAGCUUUGAUAUGGAAAUAUCCAAACCUGUUGAUGGGAAGGAGGCCAUUCACAGCCUAAAGCUGAGCCGUAACCAUGUGGACUGGCACAGUGUGGAUGAGGUCUAUCUGUACAGUGAUGCCACAACAUCCAAAAUUGCAAGGACUGUCACACAAAAGUUGGGGUUUUCCAAAGCUUCAAGCAGUGGGACAAGGCUACACAGGGGCUAUGUAGAAGAAGCCACGUUAGAGGACAAGCCACCCCAGACCAGCCACAUUGUGUUUGUUGUGCAUGGCAUUGGGCAGAAAAUGGACCAAGGAAGGAUCAUCAAAAACACAGCCAUGAUGCGAGAUACAGCAAGAAAAGUGGAAGAAAAAUAUUUUUCCAACCUUGCAACGCACGUGGAAUUCCUUCCAGUGGAGUGGAGAUCAAAGCUGACCCUCGAUGGAGACACUGUGGACUCCAUAACCCCGGAUAAAGUGCGGGGUUUGAGGGACAUGCUCAACAGCAGUGCCAUGGACAUCAUGUACUACACCAGCCCUCUCUACAGGGAUGAGCUGGUGAAGGGGCUGCAGCAGGAGCUGAACCGCCUCUACUCCCUGUUCUGCUCCCGGAACCCCGAGUUCGAGGAAAAGGGAGGGAAGGUCUCCAUCGUGUCCCACUCCCUGGGCUGUGUCAUCACCUAUGACAUCAUGACUGGCUGGAAUCCGGUCAGGCUCUAUGAGCAGCUGCUGCAGAAGGAGGAGGAGGAGCUGGAGGAGAGUUGGAUGAGCUACGAGGAGCGGCGUCUGCUGGAGGAGCUUUACCUGACCAAGCAACGGUUGAGAGAGAUAGAAGAGAGGUUACAUGAGUUAAAGGCAUCCACCAUAUCAAAACCACCUGUCUUAAAAUUUAAGGUUGAGAAUUUCUUCUGUAUGGGAUCCCCCCUGGCCGUGUUCCUGGCCCUGCGUGGGAUCCGUCCCGGCACCAGCGGCAGCCAGGACCACAUCCUGCCCAGAGCCAUCUGCAACCGCCUGCUGAACAUCUUCCACCCCACAGAUCCAGUGGCCUACAGAUUAGAACCCUUAAUCCUGAAACACUACAGCAACAUCUCGCCCGUGCAGAUCCACUGGUACAACACAGCCAACCCCCUCCCCUACGAGCACAUGAAGCCAAGUUUCCUGAACCCCAGCAAAGAAGCUACCUCAGCCCCGGAGAGCGAGAGCGCCUCGGCCGCGCCCAGCCCCACCACGUCGCCGGUCAUGGUGCGGCGCCACUACGGGGAGUCCAUCACCAACAUUGGCAAAGCCAGCAUCCUGGGAGCCGCGAGCAUCGGGAAGGGCCUCGGUGGGAUGCUCUUCUCCAGGUUUGGCAGGUCCAGUGCCACCCCCCAGACCAUGGAGGCAGGAAAAGAUGGCCCUGAGGGGGAUGAGAAGAAGGCCACGACUGUUGGGACCCCACCUCUGCCCCACAGCAGCUCGGGAUUCCUCGAACCCACAGUGGAACUGGAGCACAGGAUCGACUUUGAGCUCAGGGAAGGUCUGGUGGAGAGCAGAUACUGGUCUGCAGUCACCUCCCACACCGCUUACUGGUCAUCUCUGGAUAUUGCCCUCUUCCUCCUCACCUUCAUGUACAAGCAAGACCAAGAAGAGACUGACAAAUCCAAUUUAGACACUCUCUGAAUUUUGGACUGAGGACUGGAGAGGAAACUUGAAAAACCAAUGGCACAAAGCAGAUGUUUGACUGCAGAGCUGCAGGACCUGUGGCAUGGAGGUUUCAGGUUUAAGUGCAUGUUUGGGGGGUUUUCCUUUUUCUAAAGAGGAGAGGUUAUUUGUAUUUCAAAGCACUUUAUAGUUUUCAACGUUUUGCAGUGCUGAAUUAGACCUGAAAGGGUUCCAAAUUCCUGUCAACAUGGGCUGUACAAAGAGCCAAGACAGCAUUGUAGCAUCCCAUGAGCAGUUGUGCUUGGGUGACAUCCUUGUUAAUGACCAUAAUUGCUGUUUAGUUCAUUAAAAUAUUUUAAAAAAUUAGUGGGUUAAAAAAAAAAAAACAAAAAAAAAAAAAAACCAACAACAAACCAAACUUAAAUUGAUUUCCAUUAACAAAAAAAAAAAUACAUGUUCAGUACAAACCUAAACCUGCCAUGUGCUGAUGUUUUAUGUACCUGUGAAUUACAAGCAGUGGUGUCAUUUUUCCAGGACUUUCAGCUCCACAUCCAAUUAUUCCCACAUUGGAAGCCCAUUCUGACUGCUGGCUUCUGAGGUCCUGUCCUUUGUGGCACAUUUAGAAACUAAUGCUGAACAGAAAAAAAAAAAAAAAAAAAAAAAGCAUGAGGCAAAUAUUUGAAAUACUGUAAUUAUAAUUUAUUAUUCUCUCUAAUCGUUUCAUUUUAUUCCAGUGUAUAAAACAUUACUUUUUUACUGAUUUCUUUUGACAUAAUUUAAGAACCACAUUUAUUUUCUACAGUGUUAAAACUUUUUCUCAGAAAUACAUAUCUUUGUACUACUAUUCAAAUGAAUAUAUGGACACUGUGGCACACUUUAAGUAUUUUUUCAUUAAAAAUAAAUAUUUGUGGUUUCACACAAAUGAGAUCAGUCACCUUCUUCUCAGAGGUAAGUGCCUUUGCUUUUUCAGGUUCCAAAAGUGAGAUUGGUUUGCAGAGGACCCAGCUGUCCUUUGUUUACCAUAAUUAAAUCCAUACAUGUGUGUGUUUGUAUAAAAACAUAUGGAGGUGUAUAUUUAUGUGCAGGGGGAGGGAGGCACCAUAAAAUAAACUUGGUGAGGCCUGAGAAUACCAACAUU